AAUACCAAAUACCAAAUGUCAAACUAUUAAUUCUCGUUCUCACAAGCUCACAAUUAGUAGAUUGUUAGAAAUUUUCGACAUGGAAUUAUCGACUAUAUUAUUUUUAUUAAAAUUUAUCUCUGUAAAGUAGAAUAAAGUAGAUUUAACAAGUUUGAAUAUGUUCGAGUGUAAUUAUUUGUGAUAUUUUGUUCGAAAUGUGUUUAAGGUUAUAAUUACCGAAACAGUGUAGGCAUAAGAUUUUAAAAUGGCUGAUUUACAAAUUAGCAAUAUUGUCAGUGACAUACUGCGAGUGGAACCUGUUGAGGAAGCAUUUAGUAGUUACCUUGUAUAUAAACCAGAACAAGAAAAUGAGAAAUUAGCUAUGUAUCAAAAGAAGUUAUGCGCAAUGAUAACAAGUCUAAGUGCAGAUUUGCAAGAAUCUGCCAUCAGACAGUAUUUGACUCACACAGCCAUUCAGACAAAUCAAUAUAAAAUGAAACAAUUACUGACUAUACUGGAAAAUUUGGUCAAUACUAACAUCCUCCAAGCACGUAUGGUCUGUGACUGCAUUUUGAGCAGUGACAAUCUAAAUUACCAAAAUGCUGAUUAUUGGAUUCAAAGUUUGAAUCUCAUUAGAAGGAUAAUAGGUGGAGUUGAUUAUAAAGGAGUUAGAGAAAUUAUGAAGGGCUGCCGAGAGAAAGCACACAGUUUACCAAUGAGACUUAACUCAAGCACCAUACCACAGAUGAAGGCAUUGUACAAUGUACUUGAGUAUAUAUUUGAUCGUAAUGCUUCAUUGCUACCUGCAUACUUCAUAGUAACAGAAAUUCAGAAAGACUAUCCUGAUAAUAAUCAUUAUCCACAUUGGGAGUUGGCAAAUCUAUUCACCAGUUUUAUAGAGAGUUUCAGACCUUGCGCCCAAAUGGUGUCAAUAAUCGGUCAUUCAAGUAUGCUACCUGUGGUUGAGUUCUCAGGUUACGCUGACCAUCUUAUUAAUCCCUGGCGGCUCGAUCCAACAACAUUGAAAUUUUCACUAAAAGGAAACUUACCAUAUGAUGAUGAACUGCUAAAGCCACAAAUAGCACUAUUACGGCAUGUGAUUCAACAGCCAUACUCAAGAGAUAUGAUGUGUUCAAUGCUCGGCUUACAAAAACAGCACAAACAGCGCUGCAUAGCGCUUGAAGAUCAACUUGUUGAAUUAAUGAUUUCACCGAUGGAAAAAAAUGAACAAGAAAAUGAAGAAGAUGAAAUGUCCUCCACUCAUUGGUGUUGGCUACAUUUGUCAUCCCAAGUGAUAUAUUUAAUAUUGAUUGGAUUUGCAUCUUUCUCAAACAUUGUUAUGGGUUUGCAUAAUAAACUUACAGGACACAAUUUGAAGAAAGGACGAGAUCAUUUGAUGUGGGUUCUUUUACAGUUUAUAUCGGGCAGUAUUCAAAGACAUCCAUUAUCUGAUUUCUUACCAAUUAUAAAGUUGUAUGAGCUGUUGUACCCAGAAAAGGAACCUCUGCCUGUACCUGAUUGGACAAGAGCACACAGCACACAUCAAAUGGCUGUUGUAUGUAUUUGGAUGCAUUUACUUAAGAAAGCCGAAACAGAACACAAAACUAUGUCGAUGCCUCAGAACUUGAAAGUGCAGUAUGAAUUUCUCCAACAUCUCAUGUCCUCUAAUAAUACGCCAUCAUUAAUGGGAGGAGACUACAGAAUACCUUUACUAUGUAAUGCAUACUCAACAAAACAGGAAUGUUAUACAAGACCAAUGGGAAUUAUAAUUGAAACAUUAUUUGGCAUUCAGAAACCUUUACCUAAUGGUAAUCCCGGUACACCGUUACCAACAAUGCCUUUGUCUAUGUGUAUAUUGGAUAGUUUGACAUUGCACUGCAAGAUGUCUGUUAUACAUUCUAUAGUCACUCAUGUGGCUAAAUUGGCACAGAACAAGACUAAUCUACCCGGCAGUAGUAUGAUGGCACCAGCCCUUGUGGAGACAUACAGUCGUUUGCUUGUUUACACCGAGAUUGAAUCCUUAGGUAUUAAAGGGUUUAUAAAUCAGCUGCUACCAAACGUGUUCAAGUCCCACGCUUGGGGCAUCCUACAUAACUUGUUGGAUAUGUUUUCAUAUCGUAUCCAUCAUAUACAGCCACAUUACAGAGUGACUCUACUCUCACAUCUACAUUCGUUAGCUGCCUGUCCGCAAGCAAAUCAAACUCAAUUGCAACUAUGUUUUGAAAGUACGGCCUUACGUCUAAUUACAAGUCUGGGAAGUUCCGGAGUCCAACUGCAGAUGUCUCGUGUUGUAUCAGAACCGAAGUCACUCGUGUCUUCAGACAGUGAGGAACUCAAUAGAGUUCUUGUACUGACCUUAGCUAGAGGCAUUCAUAUGACAGGGACUGGCAGCGACAGUGCCGCUGUGAAGGAGUUAUUAACAACGAUAAUGGCUAAUACUCCACACAAUUGGUCACAGCACACGUUGCAGUGUUUCCCGCCUGUACUUGUUGAGUUCUUCUCACAGAAUACAGCACAGAAAGAAAAUAAACAGCUGUUGAAGAAAUAUGUUGAAGAAGAAUAUAGAAAAUGGUCGUCUAUGGCCAAUGAUAAUGAUAUAAUAUCACAUUUCUCUGUACCUGUAGCACCACUCUUUGUAUGUCUAUUAUGGAAGAUCAUCUUUGAAACAAAUAGAAUCAAUCCUAUAGCAUUCAAGAUUCUAGAGCGCAUUGGUGCAAGAGCAUUGUCAGCUCAUGUGCGCAAGUUCUGUGACUAUUUGAUGUAUGAAGUGACAAAUCCGGCAGGCGGACCACAUAUCAACAAAUGUGUGGAUGCCAUCAAUGAUAUUGUAUGGAAAUAUAAUAUUGUUACUAUUGAUAGACUGGUUUUGUGCCUUGUCUUACGUCCAAAUCUAGAUGGUAAUGAGAGUCAGGUGUGUUUGUACAUUAUCCAGCUGCUGCUACUAAAAGGAUCAGAGUUGAGGAACAGAGCUCAAGAUUUUGUAAAGGAAAACUCCCCGGAGCAUUGGAAACAAAAUAAUUGGUACGAAAAACAUUUGGCAUUCCAUAGGAAAUAUCCAGAGAAGUUUGCACCGGAGGAGGCAAGUGGUACAUACGGAGGUACUAUACCAGUUUACCUGAGUAAUGUUUGUCUUCGCAUCAUUCCAGUGCUGGAUGUGGUAGUGCACAGACAUUUAGAGAUACCUCAAGUCAGCAAGAACUUGGAACAAUUGCUCGAACAUAUUGGUUAUCUGUAUAAAUUCCAUGAUCGUCCGAUAACAUUUUUAUACAAUACAUUGCAUUACUACGAAUUAAAAUUGCGUGAUAAACCGUUACUAAAACGUAAGUUAGUUAACGCGGUGUUAGGGUCAUUGAAAGAUGUACGACCUGCCGGUUGGGCGACUACAGAAGCCUUCCAGUCUUAUCUAGCCAGACCUGAAGUUGACGCGACCAGUUGGACACCAGAUUUAAAUUAUUAUUUAAGUCUCGUCAAUAGAAUGGUUGACACGAUGACCGGACAAUCACACUUUCCGAACACAGAUUGGCGUUUCAAUGAAUAUCCGAAUCCAUCAGCUCAUGCGUUAUAUGUGACUUGUGUUGAAUUGAUGUCUUUACCAUUCCCACCGAAUGUUGUUGGUAAUAGUCUACUUGAAAUUAUCACUAGUGGGUUUGUCGUAAUACCCACCACAAAGAUACAGUUAUGGGUAAACGCCGUGGGACUUAUAAUGGCCGCAUUACCUGACCCAUAUUGGAAUGUGAUACAUGACAAGAUUUUGGAACUUAUAACUAGUAAUGAAAUAAUAGAAUGGCCAUAUUCUGAAAGUCCGUUCCAGAUAUUCAAUUUGAAAACGACAAAUGCAACAAUGUUGGAGAAUAAAUAUAGUUUGACGCUUGCUUUGGGUCAUGCUAUUUGGUAUCAUGCUGGUACCGGACAGAUUGUUCAGGUUCCUACCUUUGUGAAAGAGAAAUUAUCGCCCGAGAUCCGAACAGAAACGCAACUAUUGUUCCUCUGUCACAUGGUGGGUCCGCUCCUGCAGCGGUUCAACUCUGAUAUAUCUCGUGUUGUGAUGGAUAUUACUCUGACAUUAUACGAGUUACUCGCACAUAUAGAUAAAUUGCAACCUCAUUUGCAAUACGUCGACCCUAUAUGUGACUUGCUUUAUCACAUCAAAUACAUGUUCGUUGGUGAUAUAAUGAAGAAUGAAGUUGAAAAUGUGAUCAGGAAACUACGGCCUGCGUUGCAGAUGCGUUUGAGAUUCAUUACACAUCUCAAUGUGGAUCAGAUAAAUGCUGCAUAGCAUACGGCUGAUGACACUGACUCAACUGUCACAUAGUGUCAAAAAUGAACUAUACUAUUCAUAAUUCACAACUUAUUUUUAAGCAAUCAAUAUGUGAACAAAAUGUUUGUCGAAUAAUACCAACUUAAGGUAAUAGCAUAAUUUUUAUUAUUAAUCGUGGGUUUCUGAAACUAAAAUCCAUAAUUAAAAAUAUAGUUCUCUGUUUUGUAUAAAGAUAAAAGACAGAUAUGACGAUAUUGUACAGAGAUUUUGGUGUCAGAAACCCACGGUAAAUCAGUCAAUUUAUUGUGUGAAUGAAAUUUGUCGAAUAUAUAAUAUGUAGUUAUUUCUAAGCUUAAUUAACUGACAUAGUGAGUAGUUUAGCGGAUGCUGGAGCAGUCUUAUAGGUGGUAAUAUACACCACACGAAUUAAUACGAAUUUGAGUGCCUAUCAUGAAUAUUUACGUCACGAGCCAUCGUAACGUUAUCGACAAAAUAUGAAAUGUUUUACGAAUAUGGUAGUUCCACUAGUUUCAACUAUGGUUAGAAAAACUUUGAAUUUUAAUGCAAUAAAGUUUGAAGUUUUAAAAUACUUUACUAGGACUAUCUAUCCCUAUGUACUUUUUCACAUCAUUGGUUAGAAUCGAUUGGCGCGAAUAGUACGCUUUCGUUACAAAGUCAAGUGUCAGAAUGAUUAGUGAGGGGACAUAAACGUCGAUAUUUUAGUAAGGCUAGUGUUGUGUCAACACACCGGUAAUGUCGGAUUUUUUAUUCCCAACAAUAGUGAUGUGGCAUUUAUUUUAUAUUUAAUGCACUUCAGUUUCUUUGUGUGGUCUUAACCUUAUGGUUAUCGUUAAUUUUACUUCUUAGCUUUGUUUUUUUUUAUUUUAAUAUUACACAUUUACAUACAUUUGAUUCUGUCCAAAAUGAAGUCCUUAGAUUAUUUAGGUUAAUUAUUUGGUAUCUGCUUUUUAUUAUCAAUUUUAGUAUAUGCAUAAAAGUUUUUUCGCAUUUAUAAUUCAUACGCUUAAAAUCACGGUCUUAUUGUUAUAUAUGCAUUUUGCAGCUUUAUCAAAUAUUUUAGUUAUUAAUUUAACUAAUUAAUUUUAAUUUUGAAAUUAUU